CGGGACUUGUUAAAUCAUUGUUUACGUCUGUCGGGAAAGUAGGUCACUUACAAGUGUGACAGUUAGCUGGUGGACAGGAUCGGAUUUCUAUCGCAUAUACACGCGUUACAACGUUAUACUAAACACUUCAGGAAUUAUAGACACUAACGAUUGCGGUGGGAACACAGUGACCGACAGGUGUGAAGGUUGGCAUGUCAAGAAGGAGCAGAAACAGCAGAGCGUGGCGGUACGUGUGGAGCGGAAUCCGCAGGGAUGCAGAUGCGAGGGCUUUGGUUUUGGCCUCUGAAAGCGACGAGUGGAAUUACGAUCGCCAGGCGUAUAGUGAUUCAGAUUCAGAAGCUGAGUAUCCAGCCAUAGUGCCAGCGGUUCCAAGUGCAGUGCCCGUAACUGGAGAGUCAUAUUGCAGCUGUGAUUCACAGAUGGAGCUCGGAUGUAACCCGCGAAUCCGAGGUUACACGCACCUGCGAGACUGCCAUUGUGGAGAAGAUGACCAAGAUUUUGACUGGGUGUGGGAUGAAGGCAGUAGGUCAACCGCAACACUGCUGAGCUGCGAGAACAGAAAAGUGUGCUUCCAUUCGGAAUACAGCUGCGGAACAGCGGCCAUUCGUGGCUCCAAAGAACUCUCAGAUGGACAGCAUUUCUGGGAGAUCAAAAUGACUUCACCUGUCUACGGCACAGACAUGAUGGUAGGCAUUGGCACAUCAGAUGUGAAUCUGGACAAAUAUAGGCACACGUUCUGCAGCCUGCUGGGUAAAGAUGAAGACAGCUGGGGUCUGUCAUAUACAGGUCUGUUACAUCACAAUGGGGACAAAGUGAGCUUUUCGUCACGUUUCGGCCAGGGUUCUAUUAUUGGCGUUCACCUGGACACUUGGCACGGAACCCUCACCUUUUAUAAAAACCGCAAAUGCAUUGGUGUAGCAGCUACAGAGAUAAAGAAUAAGCGUAUGUUUCCCAUGGCAUGUUCCACCGCUGCCAAGAGCAGCAUGAAGGUGAUUCGUUCAGUUUCAGCCCCAACCUCACUGCAGUACCUCUGCUGCUCCCGUCUCCGCAAGCUCCUUCCCUCCGGAGUCGAUGCCCUCAGAGUGCUGCCUCUCCCACCUGGUCUUAGACAACUUCUUGACUCCAAACUAGGAUGGGUGCUGAGCCUGGACCACACACAACUGCACACACGCUCGAACACACACACCUCGCCCGGGCCCUCUUCGGGUAGUGACUCUGAGGGCUGCUCCUCAGACCCCGAGGCCUGUCAACGAAAACGUUGCCGUUGGACCUGAGACUGUGCCCGCCUCAUACACAUCCACUCACCCUUUCAUCAUGCAAACAUUAAAUAUGUUUCUUUAGAUGAAAAAGAAUCAACAUAAACACUGGACUUAUGCUUUCUCUUACAAAAGCGAAUGACAGAGUUUGCUUCAUAAAUCAAAAACUAAAUUUAAGGUCAGUAGAGCCAGUUUAACUAGUUGUAAGUAUUCUUUCUUAAGGUUCAAAGGUAGCGAGCUUCCGCUACCUUUGACACAAUAGCAUUCUUUUCUUUUUUUUUUAUUCUGUUGUGAAGUUCCAAAUACACAAUGGAAUGACGGUCAUAAGCUCUUUUAAAAACAAGAUGGGAACUUUGUGACGUCUUUCUAGGAAAUAAUAACAUCCAACACCCUUUGAAACAAAGACCCGCUCAUUACACACAUAAACAAUACAUUUACAUUGAGUGAAGUGUACAUUUUUCCAUUACUUGGAUCAUGUGGGGGUAGAAAAAAUUAUGUGAGGAAUAAGAGGAAUAUAAUUUACAAAUGGUGAAAUGCUGACAAGAUCUGUUCUGUCUUUAUGUUUGAGUCUAUUUAUCAAACAAUCAUUACAUUUUUACACUGUUGUUAGUGAGUGAAUUAAGAGCGGUGAUGUCAGAAUGAAUAUUAUUGAUAAACUGUGUUUUAAAUACCAUUAAGUUUGGAACGGUGAGGAAAAUGUGUAUGUUUCUAUCUCUAGGAAUUGCGCUGGGCCCUAGUCCUUACUCAAGUGUGUAUGUUUGUGUGUGUUUGAACAGUAUUUCUAGAGAAAUGCUGUGUUUAUUUUUUUUAUAUCUUGAUGCAGUUGUCAAACUGACUGAUCUUAACUUAAGUGGAAGUUAAUUCAGAUUUCAAUCUGUGCAACUGAUGUCUACAUGAGGUUCAUAUUGAAUUCAUAUGGGGUUUAUAUUGCAGGUUUUGUAAUUCAUUGUAAAGAAAGGCAAAUCAGUUUUUGUUAUGCAUAAGAGCACUUUCUUGCUUAUUGUAUCUAUAGAAAUAUAUACAGAUCCCCUAUGCUGUUUUAUGCAUAUUGUAUGCAUAUGGUAUGUCCUGAGUACUCUCUCUUUCUACCCCUUGCCACCCAGUUUUCUUGUCUUUCUAUAUACAUUAAGCAUGGCCUUUUCUAUGUAUUAUGAAAAUAUAUAUGCAUUAAAAAGGGGCUGGAUAUUU